AUGGCUGAAGAAGUAUCUUUGGAAUUGACCCCUACAUGGGCUGUGGUUACUGUGGUUGUUUUUAUGGUUUCUCUUGGUUUCUUCUUUCAAGGCUCCUUGAAACAGCUUUCAAAGUGGCUGGAUAAAACCAAGAGGAAAGCACUACUUUCAGCUCUAGACAAGGUCAAAGAAGUGAAGAAGGAUAAUUUAACACCAGGAGAACAUGUUCUUGUUUCAACUGUUCACUAUGCAAACAAUUCAUUUGUUAAAGAGCUGGUGCACACAUCAAAGAAUGAACAUUGCCCUGAGGGUCAUGAAUCCUUCGUUUCACAUGAAAGUCUUGAACAGCUUCAUCGUUUGAUGUUUGUCCUGGGAGUUACCCAUGUUUCUUACAGCUUUGUUGCCAUUGCCUUGGCCAUGAUCAAGAUUUAUAGCUGGAGAACAUGGGAAAACCAAGCAAAGACUAUGGCACUUCAAAGUGUACUAGGAUCCCCUGAAGCUGCAUGUGACGAAACAAGACGACUGUCAACCUUUAUUGUUCACCACACCUCCCAUCCAUGGAGCCAGCACCGAGUUCUUGUUUGGCUGGUAUUGUCACUUGCUGGAAACAUAAUGUUUGGUUUUCUUUGGGGUCAUUUGUUGGUUCAAUGCGCAAAAGUUGAAAAUUGGAAGACCAUCUUCCUGUCGAUGUUACAGAUGUUGCUUAAGUCUGUCCCUUUUGACAUUGAUAUAGAUAUUACUGCUCUGAUCAUUUUCUUACAUUCACUUUGUUUCAGCCGCCAGUUUUGGAGUUCCAUAAACCAAGCUGACUACAUGGCUUUGCGCUUGGGUUUCAUCAGCAAACAUCAACUUCCUCUGACAUAUGAUUUCCAUAAUUAUAUGCUUCGAAGCAUGGAGGAAGAAUUCCGUGAUAUUGUUGGCAUCAGUGUGCCUCUGUGGAUUUAUGGUAUAUGUUGCAUUUUCCUAGAGUUUCACGGAACUAAUCUUUACUUUUGGCUUUCCUUUCUUCCAGCCAUUUUAAUACUGCUAAUUGGUACAAAACUGCACCGAGUGGUGGUGAAAUUGGCUGUUGAAAUCCAGAAUUCAUUUCCAUGGUUGGGGAAUCGUCAGUUCAACCUGAGGGAUGAGCUCUUCUGGUUUGGGAAGCCUAGACUUCUUCUGUGGUUGAUACAAUUCAUAUCAUUUCAGAAUGCUUUUGAGAUGUCUACAUUCCUCUGGUCCCUGUGGGAAAUCAAAGAGUCUUCUUGUUUUAUGGACAAUGAGAAGUAUGUCGCUAUACGCUUGACGUUCGGGGUGGUCACACAAUUCUGGUUUAGCUUUAUUACAUUCCCACUCUAUUUAAUCAUCACACAGAUGGGUGGAAAGUUUAAGAAAACUGUAGUCUCUGAAAAUGUGAGGAAAUCGCUACAUGGGUGGCAAAGGAGAGUGAAGGCCAAGAAAAGUUCAUCUACUCCCAACCUUCUGGCUCUUCCAGCAACUAUAUCCAUGGAUUUUUCUGUGGCAGAUAGCAGACACCAAAUCAAUGAUUCUCCCUUUAGCAGCACAGAAAGGAACUCCUCGAGAGUUGUGGAUAAAUCAGCUAGCUUUCAGCAUCAAGAGGCCUCUACUUCACAAGCUAUAACUAGUGAAAUAUCACAAGGUAAUGACAUGCUUGAAGUUUCACUUGGUUCUGGUACUCCUCACUAUGAUACUUACAGUGACGAAGAUGACAAUGACGUUCAUGUUCAUGGUGAAUCAAAUCCUAAUGUGGCAUUGAUGAUGUUGAGUGAUACUGAGCCAUACACAACUGGUGUUUGGGUUAGGUUCAAUAGUGAUGAGCUCGUGAUCUUCGGAUUAAGAUUAAUGGCUUUUCGGCCAUCGGUAAGUGAUGGGCCACAGGCUGGACAUGGAUCUCAUAUAGAUCAGAUCCUUCGCUCUGUAACCAUGGUUCUCGAGGCAACGAUGAUUUGUAUCGAUAAUUCAGAGUGGAUGCGAAACGGAGACUACUCUCCGUCAAGAUUUCAAGCUCAAUGUGAUGCUGUUAAUCUCAUUUGUGGAGCUAAAACUCAGUCAAAUCCAGAGAAUACAGUGGGGAUUCUUACAAUGGCUGGGAAAGGGGUUCGUGUUUUGGUUACACCCACUAGCGACCUGGGCAAGAUCUUAGCUUGCAUGCAUGGUCUAGAAAUAGGUGGUGAGAUGAACUUGGCUGCUGGUAUCCAGGUGGCUCAAUUGGCUCUUAAGCAUCGUCAAAAUAAAAAGCAGCAACCAAGGAUUAUUGUCUUCGUCGGAAGUCCCAUAAAGCAGGACAAGAAGGCGUUGGAGAUGAUUGGAAGAAAGUUGAAAAAGAAUAACGUAGCACUUGAUAUUGUUGAUUUUGGUGAAGAAGGUGAUGGGAAGGCAGAGAAACUGGAGGCUCUUCUUGCUGCUGUGAACAGUAAUGACGCCAGCCAUAUUGUUCAUGUUCCCCCUGGUCCAAGUGCUCUUUCUGAUGUGCUUAUAAAUACACCUAUCUUCACUGGGGAUGGGGAAGGUGGAAGUGGUUUUGCUGCUGCAGCAGCAGCUGCUGCGGCUGGUGGUGUCUCUGGUUUUGAGUUUGGGGUGGAUCCCAAUAUUGAUCCUGAACUGGCACUUGCUCUUAGAGUUUCAAUGGAAGAGGAGAGGGCCAGGCAAGAAGCAGCUGCUAAAAAGGCUGCAGAGGAGGCUGCUAAACAGGAAAAAGGAGGGGAACAGCCAUCUAGCUCACAGGAUACAACAAUGACCGAAAAGACCAGUGUCGCAGCUCCUGAAGCAGAUAAGAAGAAAAAUAAGUUAAUGGAUGAGGAGAAUUCUCUGCUACAACAGGCUCUUGCAAUGUCAAUGGAUGGCCCUGGCUCUAGCAAUGACGUGCGAGAUACAAACAUGUCAGAGGCAGCCACAGAUGACCCAGAAUUGGCACUAGCUCUUCAAUUGUCUGUGCAGGAUAGCUCAAAAGAUUCAUCAAGCCAGACGGAUAUGAGUAAAUUGUUGGCGGAUCAGUCGUUCGUGUCCUCCAUCCUAGCAUCACUUCCAGGCGUUGAUCCAAACGAUCCUUCUGUUAAAGAUUUGCUUGCUUCGAUGCAAAGCCAAUCUGAGCCCCAAGAGAAGAAAGAUGAAGACAAACAACCAAAGGAGGAGAAGUGA